AUGGACAAUUAUGAUGCUGUAAACUUUCUUCCGAGUCCGCUACCAUUUGGGAACCACAAUUUGCACCUAGACUAUAUGAGCGUGACUUCACACAUGGACACACUCGACCAAUACUCGAAUUUUGAUUCAGAAACAUACGUCAGUGGUGAUGAGAUGUCCUACAGCCACGGUGGGGGAUUGGCUCACCAGGCUAUGCUGAAGAGGAUGUCGUCCAGCUUUGAUGACACGUACAAUCAGGACAACAUACCCUCGUUUGAUCAGCUUCCAGAUAAUGGAAAUAGCCCGCCAAUGGAUCGAGACAGCAAGUAUCUAUCCUUCUCCAUGCCGACUUUUCCAUAUCGCCUAUUCAACGAGUCCUUUCAACAAUGCUACAUCAACAUACAAGCACAAUUGCACGGCAUGUUUUUCCUUGCCGAGUCGCAAUGGCCAACGAGCAUGGACACCGCACCACCUCCACCCGAGCUGACGUGCUAUCGUCGCAAUCUCUUUCAAAUAACUGGUAACGUCACAUUACCGAAGAAUCUAAGAUACGUUUUCGCGGAAGACGGACGAAGAUUACCUAUUUUCGAACUAGAACUUGUGGUCUCGGCGACAGAGUCAGUAGAGGGCAAUCCAGUUAAGAUCAUCUCCGUACCAUGGAAGACACCAAAUAGCACGGAAAGUACCAAAGCAGACGAGAAAUCAGAGAAAGAGCCACCGACUAUUGCGCUGGACAAGCUGAGCACUGCAGACAUGGAUUCAGACUUUGACUCAAUCCCGAUACAGUGGAAACGGCUACAGUUUAGAAUAGCCACCGCAAACAAUGGACGAAGGAAAGAGUUGCAGCAACAUUUUACAGUUCAUUUGAAAGUCAUGGCAACAGUCUCAACGGGGGAGAAGCUUUCGAUCGCUGAAUCGAGGUCAGGCGCGGUAAUAGUGCGAGGUCGAAGUCCACGGAAUUUUGCAGCACGGAAAGACGUUCCAAUCAGUAGCAGUUCAACAUCGAGAAAACACGUACCAAGCCUAUCGAGGUCGGGUGACAGCUCCAAUACUGUGCCCAAACAGGCUUCUCCACCAGUAGCAACAGGAGCACCUAGAUCUCAUCCCAUCUUCGACCACAACGACCUAUCCAAGCCAGAAGUAGAUCUUAACGGCUGGCAACAGUCUAUCUCACCGUUUCAAAUACCCGAGCCAUCUCCUCCAUAUACGAUGUCCAUGAACCCACCUGUACCAAUAGCAUUUACUGGCGCACCGAGUCCAGAUGUAUCUCAUACGCCAUUCAACUUUGCCUUCUCCCCGAACAUGGGACAAGAGAACAGUGCGCCUGUGAGUUUGCACUUUCAAAGUGACGAUGAAGGUGGCGGAUCACCAUAUCCGCAACCUCAAUCUAGCCGUACGUCCUCACGGCCUCCAACCUCGAAUCCAUCUCCGAAUUUAACGAACAAACCUCGUUCUGCAACCUAUGCCAAUACAUCAUAUCCUCCUGUGCCCAUAGGAGCGGGCGAACCACCUGCGAAACAACGGCCACGAAUGCAAUCGAGUCAGUCUUCGAUGACAAUGGGCGUGACUAGCGCACCAAUGUCGCAAUCAGCUCCAAUGCCAACAUCGAUAAGUGCAGGUCGUAGAUAUGGCCACGACCAUGUAUCUCGACCACAGCUUGUCCACAACUAUUCACAAGUAUCGAACGCGAGUGACACAGCGGGUGGUCUGUACGAGUACUUUCCUCUUAGCAUAGACGAGUGGCAACCACCUGUUGAUGCUGUUUUCAGACCACAUGUUGUGCAUCACGAGAUUCCAAUCGACCCCAGAAGUCCUAGCGGCAGAAGCAGCAAACGAUAUUUCUCGGAGGUCGUUUAG